AUGAAAAAAAUAAUAAAAAUUUAUAGAGAAUAAUUAGGGGAUUAGGGGCACAAAAGUAAUAUAUUGAUAAUUACUAGUAAACAGCAAUGUUUAGAAAGAUUAAGAUCAAACCCAAAAUCAAAAUAGUAUUUAGUAAGAAUAAAUUGGGUUUUAUAAAAUUGUGAUUCAUUUAAAUUCAAGUAAUAUUAAUAAAGAUUAAGUGAUUAAGAUGUAAAGAGUAUCACCAAAUAAAAUUUUAGAGGAAUGUCUAAAAUUGAUGAAUAAUUUAAAAGAUGAUAGAAGAGAGUAAUAAAUUAAAAAGAGUAUCAAAUUAUGUUAGAUUUAGGAAGGUAUUAUAAAAUAAUUAUAAAUAGUAGUUGA